AUGAAGGAAAACUUGGUGUGUCUGGGGCUCGGAAAGUCGGAAGAGUACGACCACGUGACGCAAUUGGCAACAAGUGAGCGUCGCAAAUUGGACUCGGAAGUGCUGGAAACGGCUGAGCAAAUCGCCAUUCGCGAGUCAAAAAGUGCACAAGAGCAACGGGUAAAAGCACAAGUCAAGAAUAUGCAGGCAGCUUUUUACUGCUCCGACUGCCGGAAACAGUACAAGUCGGUGACAGAGAUGGAAAACCAUCUGAGUUCGUACGAUCACCACCACACAAAGAGACUGAAGGAGUUGCAGCAGCAGCAGAAACGACGGCCGGGGUCCGAGGAAGCGCAAAAUGUCAAGCACGAGAAGGCGCAAGUGAAGGAACGGUUGCUGUUGCAGCGACGGAUAGCUGCACAAACUCAGGCAGCGCGAGCAGAUACGGCCAAAACUGAAGGAUCUGUCGUGGCGGUGAAAAGUGACAGCGGAAAAAGUGCAGGUACAACGAAGGGAGGGUUUGAAUUUAGUGGAGGAGUGAAGAUCGGCACGAAGAAGAAGGCAGCGCUGGCUGGACGCAACGUCCCGUCGGCUUUCUUGAAUCCGUUCUCGCAAUAA